UGUAGGUUAUAAACAAAACAAAUGUCAACUUUGUCAGCACGGCAAAUAAUCUCAUAUCAAAAUUGUGUACUAAUCUGUGAUUAUAGAAGCAAAGCGUUAAAAAGUAUAUUUUUCGAAAAAUCAUGCCCAAAAAAAACUCCGACGAUCAUCCAAUCGAGAAACGAACUCUCUACGCUGGUGUGAAGACGGUUACAUUUAAAGAAGGAACAAAGGUACAUUUUCACUUUCAAACGCGUCUAUGCAACAAAGAAAAAACGCUUUUGGACGACUCCAGAAAGAUGGGACCCGGGAAACCGAUGGAGUUAGUUCUGGGUAAAAAGUUUAAGCUAGAGGUCUGGGAAGUGAUUAUACAAAAAAUGGCUUUAAAUGAAGUGGCAGUUUUUACAGUGAAAAAAGAUUUGGUGUUGCAAUAUCCUUUUGUUUCAAAAACUUUGAGAGAUGUGCAUGUACCAAGAUCAGAACGUAGAAGUCACUGUUGUGCAAUGACAGUGCAAACUGAAGGAGUUGGUUACAAUGACUUGAAUGAUUUACUGAAAAAUCCACAAGAUUUAGAAUUCACAAUCGAGCUUAUAAAAGUCGAACAUCCCGAAGAUUAUGAAAAGGAUGCUUGGCAGAUGAAUGAAGGUGAAAAGUUAGACUUGGUACCACAGUUGAAGGAAAUGGGAAAUAAAGAAUAUAAAGAGAAAAAUUAUCAAAUUGCUGCAGAUCAGUACGCCAAAGCUAUAGGCAUCAUAGAACAACUAAUGAUCAAAGAAAAACCUCAUGAAGAGGAAUGGAAUGAAUUGGACAAAAUGAAAUUACCACUUUUGCUCAAUUUCGCGCAAUGUAAAUUAAUGGAAGGCGACUACUAUGCAGUGAUAGAACACUGUACCACCGUUAUUAAAAGCGAUCCAGACAAAGUGAAAGCCUACUACAGAAGAGCCAGAGCCCACGUCGGCGCUUGGAACACCAGAGAAGCCUUUGAAGACUUCAAGAAGGUCAUAGAACUCGAUCCCUCCCUAGCAGCCGCCGUCAAAAAAGAAACAGCUGCUUUAGAAGAACAAAUCAAACAAAAAGAUUCAGAAGAUAAAGAGAAAUUGAAAAAUUUAUUCAACUAAACAUAUGUACAAAUAAUUGUGAUAUAAAUAUGAAACUUAUAAAUGUAAAUAAAGAAAAUAAAAGGAA